UCUAGUUUUACUUUAAAAAGUUGAUCUUAGGGGUGCAGCUCAUGCACAAAGUUAUCUGUAGGUGGACUGACUGUUGAAAGUGCAAGUUAAAAACAAAGACAGGACUAGUAUUCUGUUUAUUCACUGAUAAGUUAGCAAACUUAAUUUUUUCUCAAACAGGGUUUGCCAAAAAUGUCUUUCUGAUCAUUUUCUAUUCCACUGAUUCAUGAGAAUUUGCAAUAUUACGUGUCCACAAGGUUGAUGUAGGAUGUGAUUGACAGUUAGGAAAAGUCCUCACAGUUCAGAGGUGAUGUAGGUUCAAGAAAGGCAAAUACUUACACCUGCCUCUGGUGUCUUCUGCCAUCCGGCAGAGCUAAAGUAAAAGCCAGAUCAGGUUGCCUCUGUGUGUCCUGGUUACAUCUCCUUCACUGGUUGGGCUGUUUUACCAGCUUAGAGUUUCACUCUUAUCAGCUGGCUCACAUGUCCGGCUGCUGACUAUGUCCUGACUCCCAGAGGCCCUCUCGCUGAGGCAAAGCAACAUUGAGGAUCAGCUUAUCUGUAGCAAAAUCUUAUCAGGUCCACCGGCAGAGAGGAAACACUCCUGACGAGGAAACAGAGCAAACUGUGCAGGGUUUCCGACUCUCCUGGCACUAGAUAGAGCUGCUUGGACACUGCAUAGAAGAUCAGCUUGUAACAGUAGUGUCAGUGAUAGUACUGUAGCCUGCGAUUCAGUUUUCUGGUAGUGUUUGUCCACUCAUCUAUCUGACUGUCAGCUAGUCUGACAAUGUGUGCCUGCAAGAGAGAGCAACCAAGAGAGUCUUUAACCUUGAUUUGCAGCAGACUUGCCCUCCACGCUCCUGAGAGCAGCAGGAGUGUUGACAUGGACUGCUCCUCCUCCCACCCUUCAUCUCUUUCUAUCUUUCUCCAGAAUGUCUUUGCCCAACUCAGAGAACGCCUCCACCCUGGAGAACGCCAUGCAGCUCAUGAUCCAGACCUUCCACAAGUACUCUGGAAACGAGGGCGACAAAUACACGCUGAGCAGGGCUGAGCUCAAGGAGAUGCUUACCGCGGAGCUCGGCAACUACCUGGGGAAUGCUCAGGAUAAGGAGGCCGUGGAUAAGGUGAUGGGAGACCUGGAUUCCAACAACGACGGGGAGGUAGAUUUCACUGAGUUCAUCAUACUGGUCGGAGCUCUCACUGUGGCCUGUAACGACUUCUUCCUGGAGUACAACGAUAAGCCAGAGAAGAAGAAGUGAGCCAGCCCUCGGCACAAGGACGUCCACUCUGCAAACCCACACACUCCAGGGAGGAAACAGUUAAGACAGGAGAGAAGACCUACGAAGGAUAUCCUGUCAUGGACUUCACGUGCACAAAUACAUGCACACACACACGUCUAAUUGUCACUCCGGCAGUAAAUGUUGGGUGUUUGUGUAUUUGUCCGCAAUGUCCAAUCCAUCAAUCACAAACAGUAUUUAUCGCUAUGUGAAAAUCUGGAGAGUUUAAAUCAAUUUCUGCACCUGACAUUGUUGAUCAUGUGACUAUAUCACUCUCUCUUUUUCUUCCCAUGCAUUUUGUAACACACUCAA